AUGGAACCCGCACCAGAAAAAGACCCAGACGCAGGCAGCAUAACCAUAACAUGGGAUGGUCCCGACGAUCCCACAAACCCAUUCAACUUCUCCCAAACAAAGAAAUGGAGAAUUACGCUGCUGGCCUGCUUCAUGACGUUCGUUAUCCAGAUCAACGGCACGGCCAUGACCAGUGCAGCUGAGCAGAUCAACGAGAGUUUCCACAUCAGCGAUGAGAGCUUUCCUCACUCAUACUGGCCUGUAUUUUCCUGGACGCUGAGCGGAGCGGCUGCACCCAUGCUUGGCUUACCGCUCAUGGAACGCUUUGGUGUGAGGUGGAGCUACAUGAUGAUAUACGCCACGCUAAUAGCCUUCACCAUACCGCAAGCCGUGGCACAGAACUUUGCAACCCUGAUUGUGACGAGGAUCUUUACUGGAGGAUGCUCUGCCACGCUGGCUAACAUCACAGGUGGGAUUUUGAGUGACAUCUGGAGAGACGGGAGAGCGAAAAGCUUCGGUACUUCGCUGUUUAUCUGGGGUCUUCUCGCAGGACUUAAUACGGGACCUAUCAUCGGAAGCGCCAUCGUCCACUACACAACGUGGCGUUGGAUCUUCUACUCCCAGAUCGCCUUCUACAGCGCCAUGUUCCCCAUCAUUUUCUUCAGCCUACCAGAGGUACGCCCAGACGUCAUCCUCACCCGCCGCGCCCGCCACCUGCGCAAAACCAAAGACCUCAAUGUCUAUGCCGACGCAGAAAAACACCACACUAGCCUCGGCGAAAUUCUACGGGAGACCUUAAUCCGCCCGACCAGGAUGCUCUGCACGGAAGCAGUAGUCUUCUCCUUCGGCAUGUGGUCCGCCUUCUGCAUCGGCACCGCCUACAUGUUCACGCAAUCCAUCGUGCAAGUCUACGCCGAGCUCUAUGCUUGGGACUACUACCCCACGGGCCUUGUCCAGAGCGCACUCGUAAUAGGAGAGAUAAUCGGUCUCGUAGCACAAUUAGGUCAGGACGAGCUCUACUUCCGCUCUGCCCGAUCAAACAAGGAAAAACCUGGCACACCCAUCCCCGAAUCUCGUUUGUACCUGAGUAUACCAGCCUCGUUCCUAGGCCUCGCAGGCGGCCUCUUCUAUUUCGCCUGGACCUCCUACCCGUCCAUCCCCUGGAUCGUGCCCACCAUCGCCCUCGCCCUCGUCGGCUUCGGCAUGUUCAUCUCUAUCACCGCCGUGACUACCUAUAUCCUCGACGCGUACGCCAAAUAUGCCGCCAGCGCGCUCGCAGGCUGUGCCUUUUUGGAGAAUAUCCUUGCAGCAUUUCUGCCGCUUGCGACACAGAGUAUGUAUCGAACACUGGAGUUUCACUGGGCGAGUUCGCUGCUGGGGUUUCUGGCGCUGGGGCUGAGCUGCGUGCCCGUGGUGUUGUUCGUGUUUGGACAAAAUAUUAGGGAGAAGAGUCCGUUCAUGGGGGAGUCAGUGUAUGUGCAUGAGGAGUGUGGCGGUGGGGAGGCGUGA